UUAUACACACAAUCAAUUCAGGAAACGUAUCCAAUCGCAUGUGCUUUUACUAAUCAAACUUUUGUUUCUCUUUCUCUCUCUCUCUCUCUGAAUUUUUUUUUUAUUUUUACUCCUACUGUGAUUCAUCGAAUACUCAUUAUUAUUGUCAAUUUGAAACGAUAUCUUGGAACAAAUUUUUCUUCUAUCCAUUUUGCCAUAUAUAUAAACUUAACACAUUGCUUACCAGAUACGUAUAUACAAUACAAAUGGAUUAUUACUUGUCAGAGGAAGUGUUUAACGAACAAAUACAAUUGAAUAAUAUUAUUAUUCUGAUAAUAGAUUGAGAGCAACAAUAAAGCAAAGAAUAAUUUAUAAAAAAAAAAUAAUCUUCAUAAAGUGCCAUUAUUUAACGGUAAUUAAAAAAUAAAAAAAGAAGGGUGUGAAAAAAUGGAUUACAAAAUUGUUUAUCGAGCAUUUUUAUUGGUUAUUUUGCUGUUAAUGCAAAAAUGUAAUUCAAUAUCGAGAAAAUUAAACACAAAAUUUUUGUCGAGUGACGAUGAAAAUUGCAAGAGUCAAAAGAAUACAUUGCUUCAUAUUAAUGCCGAAGGUCCCAAUGAUUCGUUGCAUUAUCUUUGGAAUUUCAUUGAUAAUCCGUCGGUUCUAGUUGCAUUAACGAAUAAAUCGUCAAAACUAGAUAUUAAAUGGACUGUUGAUCCAUUUUCAAAGUUAAAACAAACAACUGACUGUUUACCUGAGAAAAUAUCAUUCAAUGAUUCUGCCAUUUUUUCAUAUGGAUUGAGUAUAAAAAAGAUUUACGAGUUUAAUGAUGCUAAUGACAAUGGAGUUAUAAACUCAUCGAGCAGUGCAAAUAUUAAUGUAUUAAAUCCAAGUUAUUUCGUAUGGUACGUUAGAAAUAAAGUCAUUGGCGACGAAACUGUUGAACUCGAAAUGAUUGGACAUUCUUAUUAUGACGAGGAGAAAAAUCUCACAAGAACCGGAAGCAUAGCACUUUUGAUUAGCGUAUUCGGUGAACUCGAUCGUUUUAAUAAACAACCAUUCAUGUUACACUCGGAGAAUACGACGCAAAUUGAUUUAUCAAUCGAUAAUUUUGAGACAAAUAAAACAUUCGCAAAUAGUCGAUUUGCAAUUGAAUUAUUAUUUGUCAGCGAUGGUGAACCAGACAUUGUAAUACCAGUGAAUGUGAAGAGAACAAUAAACGACGAGCAUACACCGGGAAUAUUUAAAUUAGUUGAAAUUAAUACACCAAAAAAUGAGAAUACGUCAAUGUACUUACAAUGGCGACCAAUUUCUUACAUGACAAAGGAAAGAGAUGUGACUGAUUCGACGGAUGUUGUUUACUAUCCGUUGGGAAAAUCAAAAGAUGCUUUUGAUGAUGCAACGAACAGUAUUUUAUUACCAUAUUAUAAGGAGAAUAUUAAUAAGAUUAUUGCGAGGAAAUUAAAUGUUUCGUUUGGUAGUAAUGGAGAUGGAUUUUAUAAGAAGACGAAUUAUACAACGUGGACACUGUUGCUUGGCUACAGUCAUUCACUUGAUGAACGUUUCACCAGUGGUACAAUUAUUCUUAUUUCAAAUCUUAUUGGUCUUCCUUUUUUGCUGCUAAUUUUGUACAGUUCAAUCAUCUAUAUACGUAAACCAUCAGUUAGAGAAUAAAAAAUUAAUCAUGACAACAACAAACAAAAAAUUCAAAAGAAAGUGGGGCUUUACACCUGAAAUGCUCAACAAUUAUUGUGAUUACAGUUUUUAAAUUUUUAUAAUAAGCAAAUGUAUAUAAAUGUAUUUUAUCUAUAUCUCUAUUAUGUACCUAUAUACCACAUGUAUGUAAAUUACGACAAAAAUUAUUUUCAUAUAUAGAAAAGCACGACUAGGAAUAUUCUCUAAUGUGCCUUCCUUUUGCACUGUUACUAUGACUACUAUUGCAGAUAGUAAAAAAUAUAAAUAAAUUAAUAAAAUAAUA